GCCCGGCGCUCUCGUAACCGUCCCCGGGCCCCCCUGGCGCACAUGGAUCCGGGAGCUGGGCCCGAGGCUUCUCGGGCGGGAACUGCUGGGAGAGCCGGGGCAUCCCCAGACCGAGGAGCGCACCUCGACCCCCGGGGGCCCGGCCUCUCGCCGCUCGGCCUCCAGCCCUGCCCUGCCUGACAGAAAUGAUGGAAGAAUUGCAUAGCUUGGACCCAAGGAGGCAAGAACUGUUAGAGGCCAGGUUUACUGGAGUAGGUGUUAGUAAGGGUCCACUUAAUAGUGAGUCUUCCAAUCAGAGUUUAUGCAGCGUGGGGUCCCUGAGUGACAAAGAAUUAGAGACCCCUGAGAAAAAACAAAAUGACCAGCGGAACCGGAAAAGGAAAGCAGAACCAUAUGAAACUAGCCAAGGGAAAGGCACUCCUCGGGGACAUAAAAUUAGUGAUUACUUCGAGUUUGCUGGGGGAACCGGACCAGGGACCAGCCCUGGUAGAAGUGUUCCACCUGUUGCACGAUCCUCACCACAACAUUCCUUAUCUAAUCCCUUACCACGGCGAGUGGAGCAGCCGCUGUAUGGUCUAGAUGGCAGUGCUGCAAAGGAGGCACAGGAAGAACACUCGGCUCUGCCAACCCUGAUGUCGGUGAUGCUGGCAAAACCUCGGCUUGACACUGAGCAGCUGGCACAGCGGGGAGCCGGCCUCUGCUUCACUUUUGUCUCGGCUCAGCAAGGCAGCCCUUCUUCUACUGGAUCUGGCAACACAGAGCAUUCCUGCAGUUCCCAAAAACAGAUUUCCAUCCAGCACAAACAGACACAGUCUGACCUCACGAUAGAAAAAAUAUCUGCGUUAGAAAACAGUAAGAAUUCUGAUCUGGAGAAGAAGGAGGGGAGGAUAGACGAUUUAUUGAGAGCAAACUGUGAUUUAAGACGGCAGAUUGAUGAACAGCAAAAGAUGCUAGAGAAAUACAAGGAACGAUUGAAUAGAUGUGUGACAAUGAGUAAGAAACUCCUUAUAGAAAAGUCAAAGCAAGAGAAGAUGGCAUGCAGGGAUAAAAGCAUGCAGGACCGCCUGAGACUAGGUCACUUCACUACUGUCCGGCAUGGAGCCUCUUUCACUGAACAGUGGACAGAUGGUUAUGCUUUCCAGAAUCUUAUCAAGCAACAGGAAAGGAUAAACUCACAGAGGGAAGAGAUAGAGAGACAAAGAAAAAUGUUAGCAAAACGAAAACCUCCUGCAAUGGGACAGACCCCUCCAGCAAACAAUGAGCAAAAACAACGCAAAAGCAAGACCAAUGGAGCUGAAAAUGAAACGUUAACAUUAGCUGAAUACCAUGAACAAGAAGAAAUCUUUAAACUCAGACUAGGUCAUCUUAAAAAGGAGGAAGCAGAAAUCCAGGCAGAGCUGGAAAGGCUAGAGAGAGUUAGAAAUCUACAUAUCAGGGAAUUAAAAAGGAUACAUAAUGAAGAUAAUUCACAAUUUAAAGAUCAUCCAACGCUAAAUGACAGAUACUUGUUGUUACAUCUAUUGGGUAGAGGCGGUUUCAGUGAAGUUUACAAGGCAUUCGAUUUAACAGAACAGAGAUAUGUAGCUGUGAAAAUUCACCAGUUAAAUAAAAACUGGAGAGAUGAAAAAAAGGAGAAUUACCACAAGCACGCAUGUAGGGAAUACCGAAUUCACAAAGAACUGGAUCAUCCUCGGAUAGUUAAGCUAUAUGACUACUUUUCACUUGAUACUGACUCAUUUUGUACAGUGUUAGAGUACUGUGAGGGAAAUGAUCUGGACUUCUACCUUAAACAGCACAAGUUAAUGUCAGAAAAAGAGGCCCGAUCCAUUAUUAUGCAGAUUGUGAAUGCUUUAAAGUACUUAAAUGAAAUCAAACCUCCCAUCAUUCACUAUGAUCUUAAACCAGGUAAUAUUCUUCUAGUAAAUGGUACAGCAUGUGGAGAGAUAAAAAUCACAGAUUUUGGUCUUUCUAAGAUUAUGGAUGAUGAUAGUUACAAUUCAGUUGAUGGUAUGGAGCUAACAUCACAGGGUGCUGGUACUUACUGGUAUUUGCCACCAGAGUGCUUUGUGGUUGGGAAGGAACCACCAAAGAUCUCCAAUAAAGUUGAUGUCUGGUCAGUGGGGGUGAUCUUCUACCAGUGUCUUUAUGGAAGGAAGCCUUUUGGCCAUAACCAGUCGCAGCAAGACAUUCUGCAAGAGAAUACUAUUCUUAAAGCUACUGAGGUGCAGUUCCCUCCAAAGCCAGUUGUGACACCUGAAGCAAAGGCAUUUAUCCGGCGCUGCCUGGCCUACCGAAAAGAGGAUCGAAUCGAUGUCCAGCAGCUGGCAUGUGACCCCUAUUUACUUCCUCACAUCCGAAAAUCAGUUUCCACAAGCAGCCCUGCUGGAGCUGCAAUUGCAUCGACUUCUGGGGCGUCCAAUAACAGCUCUUCAAACUGAAACAGACUCCUAGGCCAAAGACUGUGCAACACAAGCGGACAAAUGGCAUUCAGCAGUGGAUUCGGAGAAUAGCGAAUCUGAAUGGAUUUCAUGAAACCUGUACCAGGUGCUUUUUUUUCUUGCUUUUUUCCCAUCCAUAGAGCAUGACAGCAUCAGUUCUCAUUGAGAAGAAACCUUGGGCAGUGCCAGCCAGGCCCUGCAGGAAAAAGCCCUGAGGUCCCCACGUCACUGGCCGCCGUGUGUGGCUGCUCUGAGUGAGGGGGAAAAAAACAAAAACUAACUGGAUCCAUGUACUGUGAACGUGCAAACACGCAGACUCGGGGGGGUCCCUGACGCAGCGCUUCUGAUGAAGAAUGUGGACUUUGAAAAUACAGACUGGGCUAGUCCAGUGUCUAUAUUUAAACUUGUUCUUUUCUUUUAAUAAAGUUUAGGUAACAUCUCCUGAAAAGCUCACAGCACAAAGGCUCAGCUGGGGAUGGUGUUUGACUUCAAAGGAAAAAAAAAGUUGCUAUUGCCCAUUGAUGGCACUAGAGUUAGUGUUCUCCCCUUCUCCCCCUCCCCUCCCCCCAUAAUUUCAGUUUUUAAAAACCUACAGCUUCCCUAGUCCCCUUUUUUAUUUUUGAAAGAAAACAUUUGUUCGCAAAGUGAAACCCAUAUUAGCAGGUACGUGGAAAAUGUCCAUUCCAGUCAGAUGCAGCUUUCUCCUCAUCCAUCUGGCCUCCUGUUAACAAUUGUUUUCCCUCAUCUCAGUGGGGAAUCAGUUGAAUGGGAGAACAGAGGUGUGUGGCUUUUUGCCAUUAGAUAAGGAAUAAGGUUAGAAGACUGCAACUAGGAGUCUCUCUAGGUUUUCAACUGUUUCUUCACAAUUUAAACACUUGACGGUUGUCCCUUUUAAUUUAUUUGAAGUGCUAUUUUUUUAAAUAAAGGUUUGUCUGCCCAUGCAGUCCUCUUGGAUUCUCUGAAUAUAGUAUCUGUUGAAUCUGUUAAAAGGAAAAAAAAAGAGAGAGAAAAUAGGCUGGGGAGCCAAAUGUAGUAACAGGGAUCAGUAGCUUCCUUCACAUGAUCUUUGUGCUCACUAACAAUUUUAUGUUUCUGGUUAAUUACAUUAAAAUUUAAAUAGUAUAUAAGCUUUCCUCUGCUAGAUCAUUUGGCAGAAAGCUCCUCUACUCCUUUUCCAUUAUUGUCCCCUCCAAACUGGUGUGUGUGCGUUCCGGCGCGCUGUGGUUGUAACUAACUUGUUUAGACUCAUGAGAUGGAUUUUUGAGAGAUCUCAAGGGGAAUUAGAGAUGUCAGAUCUCAACAUUCUUUUGGAUCUGGCUUUUUAGUCCUGUUGUCACUGAGGUGUGUGAUCAACUGGAGAGGAAACUGAAAUGGGAGCUGCAUGGCCCCUCUCUGCCCUCCAAACACCAGAGUGCUAAACCCAAAGAGGGGGAAGGAGGCCAGAACCCAAACAUGUGGCAGCCAGCUUGGAAUGUUACUAACAUGUGGCAGGAGGGCUCAGCCAGAAA